AGGGUUCCUCCAGAGGUUGCUAGGUGUUCCUUGAGGCUUCCUUCAGAGGUUGCUAGGGGUUCCUUGAGGGUUCUUCCAGAGGUUGCUAGGGGUUCCUUGAGGGUUCCUCCAGAGGUUGCUAGGUGUUCCUUGAGGGUUCCUCCAGUGGUUGCUAGAGGUUCCUUGAGGGUUCCUCCAGAGGUUGCUAGGUGUUCCUUGAGGGUUCCUCCAGAGGUUGCUAGAGGUUCCUUGAGGGUUCCUCUAGAGGUUGUAAGGGGUUUGUUGAGGGUUCUUCCUGAGGUUGCUAGGUGUUCCUUGAGGGUUCCUCCAGAGGUUGCU